UUAUAUAAUAUUUUUCAUCAUAACCCCAACAUGAAAAACAGGCAAGAAUUUACCAAAAAGAUGAACAUAUCCGAAGAAUCCUUCGCUGCUAUCGACAACUUCUACGGAAAAAUGAAAGAAAACCCUCGUCAGAAGGAAAAAUUCAUCAACAGCAUUAAGAAAGAAAUUAACAAAAUCAGUAGAAUUAAAGAUGUGUUCAAGAACCCGUCCAAUAAUUGACCUGAGGAAGACAGAGAGAGGAUAUAUAGUCUUAGGGAUAGACUGGAUGAGGAAGAUAGGAAAAUUAGGAAUUAUCAGAAGAAAGGAUACUUUUGAAGCGAUGAGGAGGAGGAGGAUAAUGGGCUGGUUGAUGUUGAAGGGGAUGACUUUUUGAUGGAUUAUUGGACUAGGUUUGGAGCGAGGUUGAAGAUUUUGAAGGAGGAGUUAGCAACUACUUCGGGGUAUCCUAAGAAGAAGAGGAUGAAGCCGGGUGUUAGUAAAAUGAUCAAAGGCCUGCAGGGCAACAUUCAAAACAUGGAAGAACAUCUCUACCUCCUCGAACAACUUCUUAAAAACAAAGACCUAGUUGACGUAGACAAGCUCGAGAACAUCUGUGAAGACAUGGACUUUUUCCUUCUACAUCCAGGGAACAAAGCCAUAAGAGAUGAGCUGAAGGACGAGUACCACCAGAUGCUGAAGGAGAUAGAACAGGAUUUGGAAGAUGAGAAGAUUGAGGAACAGAAGCAGACCAUGCACGACCAGGAGGUGGUGAAAGUGGAGGAAGUGGCACCACCGGUUUAUACGGGGAAUCCGGAUAAGCCGAAGACGAGGAAGGAGUUGAGGCAGGAGAGGUUGAGGAAGGAAGAGGAGGAGAAGAAGAAGGGUGAUAAAGGAGGCCAGACUAAGAAGAAAGAGAAGAAGGAAGUCAAGGAUAAGACUUUUAAUAUCCAAGAAGUUACUGAGGGAACCACGAUUGAUGUAAUGGACUUCAUGUCUAAGUGGGCCAAUGCCAUAGUCACUAAGGUGGAAAAAGAUAAGAUUCAGGUGAUUGUUGAAGGUGGACUUGAAAUGGAGAUUCAAAAGAGUGAGGCAAGUGAGGUCGUAGCACGAUUUGAAAGCAAAGCAGGAAAAUGAAAUCCUGAUAAGUUAGAUAAAUUGAAGAAAUCAGCUAAUAAAGAUGAAGAAGAGAAGGAAGUAAUCACAAAGAAAGCAAAUAAAGGCAAAAGACAUCAGACUAACCAACCAGCUACUCCAGUUGAAGAGCCUGAGAAGCAAGAGAAUCCCAUGAUAGACCUUGAAGACCAACUUAAAAACCCAGGACCUAUUAUCGUACCUAACACAAGAGCAGGAAAAGAGACCUCCAAGCGCAAAAAGGUCCGCAAAAAUGACUCAAUCUCCAAACCCCUCGAACCCACCCCUAAAGUCGACAACCAAAACUUCCCAAUCUUAGGCGGCACCACAAAUCCCGAUUCCAACAAAGGCUCGAUCCUGGGCACCUCCGAACCCACCCAGGCCUCUUCCCAAAAGUCAAAAUCUCGUAGUAAAAAGCGUCAAAAGUCCAAAGACUCAAGCACCCCUGUUCAAAAGCCUGCUUCUCCAAAACCCAGUUUCAACUUCACCGUAAAGCCCCAGCCGCAGAAAUUUAACGAAGCCUCUUCAGUCCUCGACAUGCUCGAGCAAAGUUAUGACGCAAUGAAGAUGGAAAGGAAAAUGGAGGACUCCGAACCCUUGAGGCCCCAAGACGCUAGAUCUACUAGGAAUGCUGAGGAAUUGGCAACCAUGGACAAAACACUGAUGAAGGGCAACAAAGAGGAUACGGGGAUUUCAGUGGAGAAAUUUGCAAAUAAAUUUGGAGAAAACACCCUGUUCUUCAUCUUUUAUUACCAGCAAAACACUUAUAAGCAACUUUUGGCUGCAGAUGAGUUGGUCAGAAGGAAUUGGUAUUAUGUACCAAAGUUCCAGACGUGGUUCUGAGAACACGAAAAAACGGAGAAAAAUUCUCCAGAGAAGCAAGUAAAGAAUGAAAAACUUUACUUUGACUUCGGGCCUGACUGGGCCAUCAAGCGGGUAAAAAUCAACAAUCGACAGAAGUAGAUAAUUAC